AAACACAAGAGGACCAGACAGAACACAGCUUUAACACGGCUCCGUACAGCUUCAUUGUAGACCUACAACUUCUCCCACGGGUCACAAUACUCGCUACCUUCAUCUUUCAUUUAGGAACAAUCUGGAACAAGAGUGUAUGGUAGCAGGACAAUGAGGAUGUGUUGUGAGAUGUCACCUCUUUACCUGGCGUCCACCUGGGCCUUCACUGUGUGCGUCAUUUGGACAACAGCUGCAGGUGACCAGACUCCAGUCUUCAUCACUCCAAACACACAGACAGCCAGUGAGACGAACACACCCACAACCAUCCACCCUAGCACAGACAGCAUUCCUACAGACGUUAGCAGUCCAGACGGACAUAUCUCUGACAGCAUUCCUACAGACGUUAGCAGUCCAGACGGACAUAUCUCUGACAGCAUUCCUACAGACGUUAGCAGUCCAGACGGACAUAUCUCUGACAGCAUUCCUACAGACGUUAGCAGUCCAGACGGACAUAUCUCUGACAGCAUUCCUACAGACGUUAGCAGUCCAGACGGACAUAUCUCUGACAGCAUUCCUACAGACGUUAGCAGUCCAGACGGACAUAUCUCUGACAGCCGUCCUACAGACGUUAGCAGUCCAGACGGACAUAUCUCCAACAGCCGUCCUACAGACGUUAGCAGUCCAGACGGACAUAUCUCUGACAGCAUUCCUACAGACGUUAGCAGUCCAGACGGACAUAUCUCUGACAGCAUUCCUACAGACGUUAGCAGUCCAGACGGACAUAUCUCUGACAGCAUUCCUACAGACGUUAGCAGUCCAGACGGACAUAUCUCUGACAGCAUUCCUACAGACGUUAGCAGUCCAGACGGACAUAUCUCUGACAGCAUUCCUACAGACGUUAGCAGUCCAGACGGACAUAUCUCUGACAGCAUUCCUACAGACGUUAGCAGUCCAGACGGACAUAUCUCCGACAGCAUUCCUACAGACGUUAGCAGUCCAGACGGACAUAUCUCCAACAGCCGUCCUACAGACAGAUAUGAGAGGUUGGGGAGCUCCACACAGAGAGUUCUAGAAACAGUGACCGUGACGACCAUUGCAGGGACCAUCAAGACCACCGCUGCCAUGACAACAGUAGUAACCAGUGCAACAGUCGCUCCUCAAGCUUCAAGCACCCAGCCGCACACCCCUCACACAGUCACAUCACCGGUGGCGACAAACCCCAUGGCAAUAACUCCAGCACCAUCUCGUGCCCCCAAAAAGCCACCCUGCUGUCCUCGCCCCACUCGCAUGCCCACCCUUCCCCCUCAUCUGUUCAUAGGUGACGAGGGCGACUAUGACGAUGAGUCUGAAGAAGAAGAGGAGGAAGGAACGGAGGAGGAGGAGGAGGAGGAGGAAGGAGGCAAACUCAUAAAGGAGAAUCUGUGUGACUUUGACCCCUGCUUGCACCUGCAGAGACCCUGUCCAGAGGUCAGGGAGGCCAAGGGGCAGAGCUGCCGCUGCCCGGGCCUGACUUCAUCCUCUGUGACCCCUGACCCUGUGGUGGCACUGGAGGUGUGGGGAGUAUGGCCUGAGGCUGUAAGGGUACGUUGGUGCACCCCUUACUCGGCUGUGACUAAGUUUGGUGUUUGGGCGCUGAGAGAGAACGGCAGUGUGUUCAGUAACGGCAGCGUGAGUGCCUGGUCACGCCAGGCCAGUGUGUUCGGGCUCAAAGCGGGACGGAGAUAUGGAGUGUGUGUGAACGCACUGAACGGAGCCGGAACGUCACACACCCGCUGCGUGCCUGUGUCUACCCCAGUAGGUGUAGAGGCGGUUGUGUUGUACGUGCUGACGGGACUGUGUGCAUCCCUGGGGAUGACGGUGGUUGUGAUGAGUGUGUUUCUUCACAGGAUGUGUAAGAUGCAAAACACACACUCUCUGUUUGACCCGCGGGCACACACACUCUACAACCCACGUCUCGACACCUACGUCUCGACACCCACGUCGCACCACCCACGCCUCACCAGCCUGGUUUCCAUCACUAACCCGGCCUACACACACACCGACGAGCACACUGUGCCUCCCUCUGCACGCUACAGGCAGACAGACCAGCUGAAGUUAUCCACUAACGUACGUAAUGAAUAACAACACCUGUAACCAUCCGUACCACCCUUACCCACACGCUUACCACCCUUACCCACAUACCUACCACCCUUACCCACAUACCUACCACGUUAACCCACAUGCCUACCACCCUUACCCACAUG